AUCAGCUUGUGUGUAUCUCAAUCGGGCCAGUCGAGAAGCGCGUAAGCACACCGCGCACGCGCUCUCGUCGCUUCGCGGUACAAACAAUUUACGCGGGAAAUCGGUACGCGGAAUACGCGCGGAGACAUGGCUAGCAAAGUCAUGUGGCGGACGCUAGCGCUUCUUGCCGUGGUGGCAGCUGGUCAGGCCCUCACCAUGGACGAAGAUGCAGCCAACAAUAUCGUGGCAACCGCGGCCUCAGCCCGGGAGGGGGGAGAGCUGGCCAUCAUCCUCCAGGGUCCACACAGCAAGAACAGGAGGGAGGAGCUGCUGCAUGUCAAGGGGACUGAUGACGCUUCCAUCUCAAUCUAUUACAUGCGAAAAAGCAAUAAAGUGACCCUGGAAAGCCUCAACGAUGGGCACCUGAAGUCCGUCUCCUGGGGUUUGGGAUCCCACGUCAGGUCGACUCUGAUGCUGUCAGUAUCCUCCAACAGAGUGAAGCUCUUCGUCGGAUGUCACCCUCUGCACUCCCACACCAUGCCCAGCAGAUACGACCUUUUGUCUCUGAUGGCCAACACUAAAUUGAAAGUGUACCACGAAGAAAACGCCCCAGUUGAAAUUUACGGCAACGAGCGUGCUGCUCUCGCUUCCCUUGGAUGUCCUCUUGAAGACGUGCUACCUCCCACCAACCUCUCUGAGGAUGAGUCGGAUGUAGAAGAAGUAAAAGAAUUCAGGGAGAGAGAUGCAAGGAGGAAGAGAGAAGAAAUGCAGGGUGAUGACUACAGGACAAAUUAUAUUGAUGCAAGUGGGAUCCUGCCUACACCGUCGACGCAGAGGGGAGAUAUCCCGGCGAACGCUAUUGAAACUUGUGAUGAUGAAGUCAUCCGCCACCUCCAGCUUUUGACGCAGCGCAUUGAAACUCUACACCGCGUGGUGGCGGACCAGAAAGGCACCAUCGACGGCCUACGGACUCAACUACAGCAGUGCUGCCACAGACCGCAAGUGGAGCGAUGCACCGGCUCGACUUGCUACCAGGGCGUGCAAUGCCGCAACACGGCUUCGGGCGCGGAGUGCGGACCGUGCCCGCCCGGCAUGGAAGGCGACGGCCGCCGCUGCGUGCCCAUCCAGUGCAACAGGAGGCCUUGCUCGAGGGGACAAUAUUGUACGGACACGGACAAAGGCUACCGAUGCGAUAGAUGUCCGAACGGCCAGACCAGUGACGGGAUAACUUGCACCUCUCCAUGCAGCGCCAACCCUUGCUUCGGUGGACGCGUUCCUUGUCACGACUUGCCUAACGGAGAGUUCCGAUGUGGAUCUUGCCCAGCUGGAUAUACUGGUAACGGACAGGACUGUUACAAGGUGUCCUGUACCGUAAACACUUGCUUCCAAGGGGUAGAGUGUCGGGAAACUUCAGCAGGCCCCCGCUGUGGUUCCUGCCCUCAAGGCUACUCCGGUGAUGGAAGACGAUGCCAGCAUAUCUGCGAAACCCACAGGCCCUGCGGCAAUAGGCCUUGCAGACCUAUGUCCAACAGCCCUUACUACCAGUGUGAGGGGUGCGAGAAGGGAUACGAAUAUAGAGAUGGCUACGGAUGCGUAGACGUAGACGAGUGUGACCUGAUCAGACCUUGCGACGACUUGGUCUCCUGUCGCAACGAAGAGGGAGGUUUCCAAUGCGGCCCCUGCCCUGCCGGGUUUGAGGGCAGCCAGGGCUGGAGGGGGGCAGGGAAUGAAGUCAGGAAGGAGCAAUGCGUGGAUAUAGAUGAGUGCGCUGAGGGCAGGGCUAUCUGUCCUAGGGGAAGACUUUGCGUUAACACUCCGGGCUCAUACAUUUGCGUGCCGUGUGGAGGCAACUUCUUCGUGAACACCACCCGGCCGUGUUUUGACGACUUUGACCGGGGCGAGUCUCUGAUCAGGCUGUGCGACCCCAACUACUGCCGGCGGUUCAACGCCGUCUGUGGGUACGGCAACAAAUGUGUUUGCGCGACGGGCUGGGCGGGUAACGGCACAGUCUGUGGGCGGGACACCGACCUGGACGGCUACCCCGACCACCGCCUGGACUGUUCAGAAGUCCGCUGCAAAGCCGACAACUGUCCCACCGUCUCCAACUCGGGACAAGAGGACGCAGAUGGCGACGGCGUAGGAGACUCGUGCGAUCCUGACGCGGAUGGAGAUGGGAUUGCUAACCACCCGGACAACUGCCCACUCAUCGCCAACCCAGACCAGGCCGAUAGGGACGAAGACCAAAGCGACAAACGCGGGGACCUCUGCGAUAAUUGUCCCAGGAGAUACAACCCCGACCAGGAGGAUACGGAUGGAGACGGGAUAGGAGACGUCUGCGAUCCCGACAUGGAUGAUGAUGGCAUUAUAAACGAAGAAGACAACUGCCCUCGCGUAUACAAUCCUCGUCAAGAAGACACGGAUCGUGACACCAUCGGCGACGCGUGCGACAACUGUCCGCGCGUGCGCAACCCCGCGCAGGACGACGCCGACCGCGACAACGUCGGCGAUGCUUGCGACAGCGACGUCGACCGCGACCAGGACGGUAUCCAAGACGGCCUCGACAACUGCCCGUACGAUCCGAACAGCGACCAACUGGACGUGGACGGUGACGGCAAGGGCGACGCGUGCGACGACGACGACGACAACGACGGCGUGCCCGACGCUGAGGACAACUGCCCGCUGGUUGCUAAUCGCGACCAGAGAGAUAGCAACGGUGAUAGAGUGGGCGACGCCUGCGACAACGAUUUCGACGGCGACCAAGUCAUCAAUGAACUUGACAACUGCCCCAACAACUCAAGGAUUCAUCGGACGGACUUCAGAAAAUACAUGACAGUCCGUCUGGACCCCGAGGGCGAGUCGCAACAGGACCCCAACUGGGCCAUCAACAACGAGGGUGCGGAGAUUCUCCAGACACUAAACUCUGACCCUGGACUUGCCGUCGGCUUCGAAUACUUUGGUGGGGUCGAUUUUGAUGGCACCUUCUUCGUUGACAGCAACAUUGAUGAUGACUACGUCGGGUUUAUAUUUGGUUACCAAAACAACAAGCGCUUCUACGUGGUGAUGUGGAAGAAGAACACUCAAACGUAUUGGCAGACGACGCCUUUCCGAGCCGUGGCGGAACCUGGCAUCCAGCUCAAGCUGGUCAACUCCAAGACCGGGCCAGGAAAGACGCUUAGGAACGCUCUGUGGAACACCGAGUCUACCCCUGACCAGGUGACUCUCCUAUGGAAAGACCCUCGCAACGUAGGCUGGCGUGAAAAGACGGCCUAUCGCUGGAGUCUGCUGCACCGCCCGAAGAUCGGGCUGAUCCGUCUCAAGAUAUACGAGAACAACCGCCUCGUGGCCGACUCUGGGAACGUGUAUGACAAUACCCUGAAGGGAGGAAGGCUCGGGGUCUUCUGCUUCUCGCAAGAGAUGAUCAUCUGGUCUAACCUCGUGUAUAGGUGUAAUGAUAAAAUUCCAUCAAACAUAGUCUCAGAGCUGUCGCCACGAAUCCUGAAGGAGAAGAAACUAGAAGUAGACCACGAGUUUUAUUACCAGUAACUUUUAGAUAAAUUAAUACAAAAAUACAUGGUGUCUCCAGAACUUACCACUCAUAAUAUAAAUUCUUUCUUAAUCUAGAGAGAAUUUUAAUGGUCCUGAUUUAAAAAAAAGAUUAAAUGUCGAAUUAUGCGUUGAGACGACCCAUUUCUGAGAUUGUGAAAGAAAUAAAUAAAAUAAAGUGCAUUUUCCUUUACGAAAAUGGAAAGUUUUUGAAUAAAUGUUAUGUAAUUAGUGGGUAAGGACACCUAAUAUUUAAGUACCUAAGUUUAAUGAUGACGUUCAUUUUAAUAAAGUGAUUUUAAUUUUG